AAACGGGAACAUGAUGCAAUGAACAGCUUACUGUCAACCAAUAGCCAUGAUGGAGAUGAAGAGAUCGAAAAAGAUGAGGCUGGUACUUGGUUGGAUGAUAUGCAGGAGAGUUCCAUGACACUCAACGACAUCGAAUUCAAUGUGGAACCCGAGAUAGACUUGAGUGCUGAUGGGUUCCUUGUGGUGUUGGCUGACUCAGCUCCUGAUGGCACAGGGAAGAAUAAGGGUAAGGGUAAGGCGGAGGAGAUCCUGGAACUUGAUGAUGGUGAUGACAAGUGGCCAGUGGAAUGGUCUUAG